UUUACGUGUUUAUUAAUGAAGUAUUUUUUUCGCCGUAAUGGUAAAAAUGUGUUGAAAGGUCUAAUGAAUAUAUAAUUUAUUUAAAUAUUAUAAAUUGAAAAUUUUAAAAAGAAUAAAGCUAUUAAAAAAUUAAUUAUGCCUCUGGAAGGUGCAGUUUUCACUCGGCAGCAAGAAAAACCCAACCACUACAAUUACUUGAAGUCAUUUCGUGUUGAUCAGUGCAAAGAAUUUUUACAGCAUCAGUGUCAGUUCCACAAACCUUACACUUGUUUCAAGUGGCACUUUCCUAAUCAAAGGAGGAGGAGGCCAGUGUUGAAUACGAAGGAUGGUAAAUUCAACUACAGUCCCGACCAGUACUGCAACAAGUAUGAUGACUCCAAUGGGGUCUGUCCAGAUGGUGAUAGCUGUUCAUUCUUGCAUAGGAACCUUGGUGAUUCCGAGCAUCGCUAUCACUUGAGGUACUACAAAACCGAAUCGUGCUCAGGUGAACUUGACAACCAUGGAAAUUGUUCUAAGAAUGGUUUGCACUGUGCAUUUGCUCACGGGCCUGAUGAUAAAAGAACACCUGUGCUGGACAUUACUGACCAGAAGGCUCGAAAUUUUAACAGUGGGGGUAGUCAGGGAGCUCUAGAUGGUUCCCAGGGAGAUGAGAAAAAUUUUGCUGCUGAGUUUGAUCCAGUUUGGUGUGAUGAGGCCUACCUGCUUGCCCACUACAGAACUGAACAGUGCCCCGUAACAAGCAAGCACAACCUGGCCCUCUGCCCUUUCUUCCACAAUGCCAAGGAGAGGAGGAGGAAAGUCACCACUCACAAGUACAGACCAAUAGCCUGCCCCAUGGUGAAAGAAAAAGAUGAUUGGUUGGAACCUUGGUCAUGUGAUAAAGGUGACGAAUGUACAUACAGCCAUACAAGACAAGAGUUACAAUACCAUCCUGAUAUAUACAGGACCCAAGCAUGUUACAAGGAGCAGAAGACAGGCUCGUGCAACAAGGGAAUUUUUUGCCCAUUUGCUCAUUUAACCCAAUUCUCUAAAACAAAAAGUGACAGCCAAUCAUCACCACCACUGCAACCGACGUCAACGACAUCUUCACAGUUGCCUUCAUCGGGAUUGGCUGAUGGCAGCGUCGGCAAUUCUCCCCCACUUCCCUGUGAUGACCACGAGUCAAAGAAUGCAUUGAUGGACUACAUCACUAACGAUGACUCUGAUGAUUCUUACUUGAGUACAGAACUGUACCAGGUAUCCACCACCACCAAUCUGAGUCAUCAGAACGUGUCGGUUGCAGCAGCCGCAGUAGGGAAGGAGGCUGAUGUCGUUGAUGCUUCCACUUCAACAACAUCACUUCACAAAUCUUCAUCAGCCAACCAAUCCAAUCGAUCAAACAUAGCAACCGCCAGUCAAUCAAAAAGAGGCAGCCUAGUUGAUGAAAUUCGAUUGGAUGCUUUGGAUGAUGAUUUUGAGGUGAGCAAGACUCAAGCUCCUCCCCCUCCAGGAUUUGUGAAGAGGCCGUCUCAAGAAUCUUUUGAAUUGAUGAAGUUGAAGAUUGAAUUGAGCACCUUACAGAAAAGUUUCAGUGACUUGUUAGUUGAGCGAGAUGAUGCCGUUAAACAGAAGAACCAGGUUGCAGCGCAGAUGGCUGCUUUGAGAUCUGAACCAGCAGUUGAUGAUUGCAAGUUUCUGAGAUGCUUGCAUGAUGAUUCGGACUUGAAUCAGAUCAACCUGGCCACACUCUUUCAAAUUCAGUCCAAGUUACGGAGGGACUUGAAUAUCAUCAAUAAGACUGUAGAAAGAAUAUUCUACAUGUCAACAUUAACAUCCUCAUCUCUACCUCUGACCGAAGCAAGAUGUCUGGCGUGCAACUUGUACCCUCCGUGUUUUCUGGACCUUCCAUGCGGUCACAGAGUCCUGUGCAAUGGCUGCUACAUUACUGAAACCUUCUGUCCGAAAUGUUCUGGCUUAACUCAGUAUUCAUCUGAAUUUGAAGAAUAAAAUUGUUUACAUGUCUAUUGUGUGCGUGUGUGUCUGCGUGUGUGUGUUUGUUUCAAGGAUUGGUUAAGUGAUGCCUGUUGCUGUAUACACUCCUUUGUUAGUUUUAUAAAUUUCUUGUUCAUCAGAUUUGAAUGGAUGCUAAUAAUAAAUAAUAAUAAUUUCUAAUAAUAAAACGAAUUAAUUUUUUUUCAUUCAGAGUUUAUUUUUUCCAUAAAAUACUUAUAAGGUGAUAUUUACAAUACAUUACAAUGCAAUUCAUUUCAGCAUUAUACAGUGACACGCGAACAGCGCAUAUGCACACACACACACACACAUACACACACACAUGCUGUAGACUUGUUAGGGCGCCUCGACUGAUCUUUCUUGACUGAAGCGAUACGUGUGUGUGUGUAUAUAUAUAUAUAUAUAUAUAUAUAUAUAUAUAUAUAUAUAUAUAUAUAUAUAUACAUACAUACAUCUUAUAUACACAAUAUAUAUACAAUUUCACAACCCCUUGAAAUGAAAAUAAAUAUCACAAGCGGACAUUAUCGAUACAUUAACAGGGCACAGUAACUGACGUAUGUACACAUUACACAUAUGUACGUAUCGUACACUCUACAUAACAUUAAUAUUAACAACAAAUAGCAACUGAAACACGAUAUAUAUAUAUAUAUAUAUAUGUGCGUGUGUAUGUGUGUGUCAAUGUGUGUGUCAGUUCAAAUAGCUUGUUGUACACAAACACAAUGUACACGUGGUACGACACACGAUAUUCGUAAGUUAUUUUGUACACGUGCAUGUACGUACAUUAAUCUUUUUAACUUCAAAAAGAUGUUGAAAGUAUAAAAAUUGUCAUUCAUAUGCUACUGCAACACCUACUAAUGAAUGACUGAAUAUAUAAAUAAAUGAAGGAUGGUGAAUAUUUUUGUAUGGUUCGUGACGUCAUAGUGACGCAAAAAACGUGUUGAUGAAAUUUUAGUCAUAGUCUUUUUAUCAGUAUUCACUGCUUGAAAUGAAUGUUCAAUCGAUAAAUCAUUGAUGAAUGAAUGAAUAAAUGAAGUUAUUGGUUGAUAUAUAAAAAUGAAUUGACCUAUUAGCAACAACAAUAAAAAGAAUUUAAUCGCUCAACUUAAUUUUUUGUGAAACGGCUGAAUUCACGUGCGAUAUCUCCUCAAAAAUGUAGAUGUUGUUUGUUCAGUGCCCACCAAGAAAUAUAUACAUACAUAUUGUACGUAUGCGCAAUACGAAAUAUAUGAAUACAACAAAACCAGCUGAUACAAACGAAAGUAGAUAUACAGAAGAACGUACUCUGAAGGCUGUAUAUUUUAGGUACAUACAAUUAUGUAACGAAUACGCAGAUAAUGUAUUGUUUCGGCCUUCAACGUUAUUAUUUUACUAACGCCAUGCCAUCAAUAAUAAUGAACAUUUGUAAUGCCGUGGAUAUAUUAGCCUAGUAAGCCUUCUUCGAGAGUAAAACAGCCAAUAAUAAUAAUAAUUAUUAUUAUUAUUAUUAUAAUAGAUAUAAUAAUAACAAAAUUAGCACUUUCUCGAUAGCAGUUAGAAUUAUACUAGAAAUAAAUAAAAGAUUACCACUUAAUAAAAUGAAAUAAUCCAUUCGAACGGAUGGCAAUGAAAUGGAUGAAAGAAUAGCAAGAACAUAAUACGCAAUAGAGAACACCAAUAGCAGCAAGAACAAUGUCUCAUGCUAUUACUGUUAUUAAUGUUAUUAUCAUUGUUGUUAUGUAGGUUAAACGUGAUUUCGUACCAUUAACUUGAAACAAUUACUGAAUUAAAAAUUCGUUAAAAAAUAAAAGACCUCAUUUUAGAGUUUAAAAGUUUAUUUGACUAUUAAAUGAAUUGUGCAUUAUCGUUAUAUAUAUAUAUAUAUAUAUAUAUAUAUAUAUAUAUUGAUAUAUAUAUAUAUAUAUAUAUAUUGAAAGGAGACCAUACUUUAUACAGUAUUGUAUAAUUGAUUAAUAAUUCCAUUUUCAAUAAAUUGAACAAUCUCCAGAAAACUCUAGUAAGGAAAAUUGAAACGAUUUAAAUUGAUUAAUGCCAACAAUUUGGUAGAAU